GUAAUAGUGAGAGGAACGGAGAGAGGGAGAGAGAAAGACGGAAGUUGACGGAAAGUGCCGAAAGAGAAACCAAGGUAAAUAACUGUGGAAGCCAGAAGUUGAGACAUGGAGAGACGUCAGUACUGUCUUUUGAUCGGCGCAGCAACCCUUUUCUCUGUGCUGUCUUUCUUUGAACCUUCUGCAGCGGACACGAUCCAACUGACUGAGGGCAAUAUACAAAGCAUUUUUGCCAGACAUGAAUUAGUAUUUGUAAAUUUUUAUGCAGACUGGUGCCGUUUCAGUCAGAUUUUAGCGCCAGUCUUUGAUGAAUCUUCCAAAAAAAUAAAAGAAGAAUUUCCAAAUCCUGGUAAAAUAGCAUUUGGAAGAGUUGACUGUGAUGCAGAAACCAGUGUAUCAUCAUCAUAUCACAUCAGUAAGUAUCCCACAUUAAAGCUGUUCCGGAAUGGGCAAGCGGUGAAAAAAGAAUAUCGGGGCCAGAGGUCCGUCGAUGCUUUGGCGGAAUACAUCCGGGAGCAGCUUAGGGAUCCAAUCCAAGAAGUGAAAACCUCGGAGGGUCUCGAUGAGCUUGAUACAAAGAAGCGAAACAUCAUCGGCUACUUUGCUGACAAGGAGUCAGAAGGCUACAAGACCUAUAUGCGGGUGGCCAGUCAGCUGAGGGACGACUGCCCUUUCUACGCUGCUUUCGGGCCCAUUGCUGAGGCUGAAAGAAAUGGAGCAGACACUAUUGCUUUCAGACCACCAAAUACUCAUAGGCAAGACAAAAUCUUCACUGGAGCCAUCACCAACUACGACCAUUUACAGCAGUGGAUAUUUGAUAAAUGUGUCCCUCUCGUACGAGAGAUCACAUUUGAAAAUGCCGAAGAACUCACAGAAGAGGGUCUACCAUUCCUUAUACUAUUUCACCAUCCAGAUGACCAUGACAUCGUUGAGAAGUUCACCGCCGAAGUUUCUAAACAGUUAUUAAGUGAAAAAAAUAAUGUCAACUUUCUGACGGCUGAUGGCCUCAAGUUCACUCAUCCCUUACAUCACCUGGGUAAAAGCACCAAUGAUUUACCUGUGUUGGCCAUCGACAGCUUCAGGCAUAUGUACGUCUUCCCACACUCUGUCAAAGAAAACAUAGCAAAAUCCAGUUUAUUGAAACAGUUCAUUGAUGAUUUACAUUCUGGCAAGCUUCAUCGUGAAUUCCACCAUGGGCCAGACCCAACUGAACCCCCACAGAUUACAGAUGAUAUAAAAGUGAUGACAAACAAUGACCAGGAUGCCAAACAGCCCACUAGUCCGCCAGAGUCGACAUUUAAGAAGUUAAAACCAUCACGUAACCGUUACACACUUGUGAGAGAUGAACUCUAGGAGAUGAAACAGCCACCAUCAGGCUGAAACUCUCAAAUUUCAUUUAGGAAUUUUUUUUUUCAGUUUUUUUUUACAUCUUCCCCACCCCCUCAACCCACAGUUCUCAAAAAAAAAAGACCUUUUUUUUUCAUUAUGAAUGUUUUUGUGUAUUGUAUGUCUCUUAUGGAUCAGAAAUAAAACCAGAUGAUUUAAUGAUUUAA